AUGGCGCCCGCAAACAAGAUUUCGAAGGUAUAUGCAAGACUCGUUAUGAAAAGCUACCUUGAUAACCAGCCCAACAGAUUAUAAUAGUAGGCGCUGGACCCUCCGGCCUCCUCCUAGGCAUCCUCCUCUCCAAAGCCAAAAUCCAAGUACAACUCCUCGAUCAAGCCUCAGCGCUAGACACCAAUCCUCGCGCUGCUCACUAUGCACCAUCCUCAGUGCGAGAACUUCGUCGGGCUGGUGUCCUCGAGAAAGUCCAAGCAGAAGGCUUCCGUCCAGCAGGUGUAUGUUGGCGCACUGUGGACGGAGAGAUUCUCGGUGGCAUCCGUGCGGAUUUAAGUAACGAGGAUUCAACUGUUUGCUUGCCGCUCGAUUUGUUUGAUGAGAUUCUUUUGAGGGAAUUUGAGGGGCAGAGAUGUACGGAGAUGUUGUGGAACCACAAUGUUGUGGGUGUUGAGCAGAGUGAGGGGAAGGCGAGGGUCAAAGUGCGGACGAGGGAGGGGGAAAAGAUCCUGGGUGCGGAUUAUGUUGUGGGUUGUGAUGGCGCGAAUAGUACUGUGAGGAAAUGUUCGUAUGGUGAUGAGUUUCCUGGUAUCACUUUGGAGAGUCAGAUUAUUGCUACCAAUGUAGGUAAAUCCUAUUCUUUCUUGAAAAGUGGCUGAGGUCUCUAGGUCUAUUAUGAUUUCACCCAAUUCAAUUACUGGGACUCCCAAUUCAUUCUCGAUCCCAAAGACUGGUUUAUGGCCGCAAGAAUCACUAGAGAUGGAAUGUGGAGAGUUACUUAUGGCGAUGUUCCUGGCCUUACGACCGAAGAAUAUCUCGCAAGAUUGCCAAUGCGAUAUGAGCAAAUCCUUCCAGGAAAGCCGAAACCAGGAGAUUAUAGACUGACGAAUGCGAGUCCUUAUAAGUUGCAUCAAAGAUGUGUGCCAAAGAUGAGAGUUGGAAGAAUUCUGUUAGCCGCCGAUGCUGCUCAUCUGUGUAAUCCUUUGUAAAUCUCCUCGUAUCUAUCAUGAUUUUUCUUCUGUUGGAAGAAACGUUACUAAUAGAUGCGUGAAGUGGUGGAAUGGGUCUCACAGGCGGAAUCGCAGAUAUAACAAGCCUCUUCGAUUGUCUAAUCGCUCUCCAGAACGGUCUUACAGAUGACUCGAUUCUCGACGCUUACUCUGAAGUACGGGUUCAAAAGUGGAAAGAGAUCAUCAAUCCAAGUUCUCUUGCAAAUUUCAAUAGGCUCUGGGAUGAAAAUGUGGCAGAUGAACGAAAAGAGUUCUUUGAGAGAUGUAAAGCUAUGGAAGAGGAUGAAGCAUUGAGGAGAAGAAAUAUGGCUGUAAGUAUAUUGUUUAGGUCUUCAUUGGCUUCUGUGGUUAUUUACUGA